UGCAGCCCUGCCGGGCCUUGCACUGAUCUGGACCUGUCUCCCGUCUGGACACGGUCUCACCUUUCCUUCACUCCUCGUCCACACUCUGCUCAGUGCAGGACAGCCAUGCAGGCUCAGGACCUCCUGAGACAGCUGCGGAUCCCCGAGCUGGAUGAUGUUCGGCAGUACAUCCGAGGCUUCCCAACAAAUGCCUUCAUGGGUAUGGGAGCCUUCGCCGCCAUCACCACGUACUGGUUUGCCACACGACCAAAAGCCCUGAAACCGCCGUGUGACCUUGGACUGCAGUCGCUGGAGAUAUCAGACGGAGAGCGAGCCAGGAGGUCGGUGCUGAACGACGACGACAGCGACUUCAUGACGCAUUACUACAGCGACGCUCGCACUUUGUACGAGGUGUUCCAGCGAGGACUCCGAGUGUCGAAUAACGGACCUUGUCUCGGGUCGAGGAAACCGAACCAGCCAUACGAGUGGCAGACUUACAGAGAGGUGGUGGACCGAGCAGAGAACAUCGGAUCGGCUCUUCUUCACAAAGGACAUUCUCACACAGGAGACAAGUUUAUUGGCAUCUUUUCACAAAACAGGCCAGAGUGGUCCAUUUGCGAGCUGGCCUGCUACACCUACUCCAUGGUGGCCGUCCCGCUGUACGACACACUCGGCACCGAGUCCAUCGGCUAUGUCAUCGACAAAGCCUCCAUAUCGACGGUGAUCUGCGACGUUCCCGACAAGGCCCGCAUGAUUCUGGACUGCAUCGGUGGGAAAGGCAAAACGGUGAAGACGAUAGUCCUCAUGGAGGCGUUUGAUGAAGAGCUGGUGAGCCGCGGAGCGCAGGGCAGCGUCGAGAUUAUAAGUCUGAAGGAUUUUGAGGCUGCGGGUAAAGCCGUCCAUCAGAAGCCUUUGCCUCCCAAACCAGAUGACCUCGCCAUCAUCUGCUUCACAUCUGGAACCACAGGGAACCCCAAAGGUGCAAUGCUCACUCACAGGAAUGUUGUCUCCAACACGGCAGCUUUCAUUAAAGUAACGAAGGUGCACAGCAUGCUGAACGUACACGACGUUCACAUAUCCUACCUCCCCCUCGCUCACAUGUUUGAACGGGUUGUGCAGGGUGUCAUCCUCAUCCACGGGGCACGAAUCGGCUACUUCCAGGGAGACAUCCGACUCCUGAUGGAUGACCUGAAGACUCUGCAGCCGACCGUCUUUCCCGUCGUCCCUCGUCUCCUCAACCGCAUGUUUGACAAGGUUUUCAGUCAGGCCAACACGCCUCUGAAAAGAUGGCUGCUGGACUUUGCUUUCAGGAGGAAGGAGGCGGAGCUUAAAAAUGGUGUGGUCAGAAAGGACAGCAUGUGGGACAGACUCAUCUUUAAAAAGGUCCAGGCGAGUCUUGGAGGUCGGGUGAGACUGAUGAUAACCGGAGCCGCCCCCGUGUCGCCCACCAUCCUGACUUUCCUGCGAGCUGCUCUCGGCUGCCAAUUCUAUGAGGGGUACGGUCAGACUGAGUGUACAGCUGGAUGUACCAUGUCCAUGCCUGGAGACUGGUCAGCAGGUCACGUUGGACCGCCACUGCCCUGCAACGCUGUCAAACUGGAGGACGUGGCAGAAAUGAACUACCUGGCAGCCAACGGAGAAGGAGAGGUCUGCGUCAAAGGACCAAACGUGUUCCAGGGCUACUUGAAUGAUCCUGAGAGAACUGCAGAGGCGAUCGAUGCGGACAGAUGGCUGCACACAGGAGACAUCGGGAAAUGGCUUCCUAACGGCAGUCUGAAGAUUAUUGACAGAAAGAAACACAUCUUCAAGCUCGCACAGGGAGAGUACAUCGCCCCGGAGAAAAUCGAGACGGUUUAUAAUCGCAGCGACCCGGUGGCCCAGAUCUUUGUUCAUGGCGACAGCCUGCAGGCUUGCCUGGUGGGGAUCGUGGUACCGGAUCCAGACUUCCUGCCUAUCUGGGCCAAGAGAAAAGGCUUUGAAGGAUCCUACUCUGAGCUGUGCCAGAACAAGGAUGUAAAAUCUGCCAUUUUGGAGGACAUCCUGAGUUUGGGUAAAGAAGCAGGACUCAAGUCUUUUGAACAGGUGAGAGACAUCGCGCUACAUCCAGAGAUGUUUUCUGUGCAGAACGGUCUGCUGACCCCCACCCUGAAGGCCAAGAGGAACGAGCUCCAGAGCUGCUUCAGAGAACAAAUCGACAAACUUUACGCCACAAUUAAAAUGUAAAAACGUCCAAACGGAGGACCCUCCACGUUUCUGUCAUUGAUGGUGGAAGUUAAUGGGUACGAAUCAUUUCAUGAAGCGGGGCAAUGGAUCUCAGCUUUAAAGUAUUUAUUUUCUUUACUUUGACGGGUAAAUGAUAAAGUUAAAGGUAAAUUUUGAUUAUUGGGUUUGUCAAUCAAAGGGGAAAGGUGAGCUCCUUCUUCCAUUAAGGCGGAUUCUUUAAGGUCAGAAAAUAAUUUAGCUUAUUUUUUUUAUAUUCCUGUAGCAAAAAAAAUCCUUUACCGUGACGAACACCAACUGUUUAUACACCAAGCUAUUCAACAGUUUGGUAACGUGUUAUUUCAUGCGAUGCUCAGACGUGUAAAUAGUGUAAAAGUUUAUCUGCAGAUUGUGUUUCUGACACCUUGUAGUUGAAACCUGCAUUCCCACAAGUCUGAGUUCAAAUGAGAAACGACUGAUUUCAUUAACAUGUUAAGAGUUCAGUGCUUUUUGUUGUUUAAAGCAUGUAAAUUAUUGAAUGUAGCUAUCCUGUCCAGUCGGGAACCUCUUCGGUGCCUUUAAGUUCGUCUUGCAUUAAAAACUGGGACAUGGUCGGCUGCCGUCAACAUGAGUUUAUAUACAAACAACGAUCCUGCUGUCUGAACCCAGUUCGUCUGCUGUUUGUAGCGUUUCUCACAUAUCGAUAAUAAAAA